CGAGGAAGUACUUAAAUUGAGAUUCACACCUACUUGUGUCUUUUUAUGGGACUGUCUUAACAGUUCAUCUCCAUCCGUCUGUCUGCUUGAGUGUGGAUGAAUAAAUCUGCCUGUCUUCACUCUAGUCUCACGUUCAGGAUUUCAUAAUAAACAGGAUGACUUCUCAGCAGCCAAGGCCCUUUGUCAUGUCACACACCUCCAGUCAGUGGAGCUCUGGAAUCUGUGACUGCUGUGAAGAUGUAGCAGAGUGUUGCUUCUCAUUUUGGUGCUUUCCCUGUUUUGCCUGUGCGACGGCUCGUAAGCAUGGCGAGUGUCUGUGUCUGCCUCUGCUCGAUGGAUUUGGGUGCAUUCCUCCAGUAACAAUGGCCAUGCGCGUAUCAGUGCGCAGACGCUAUGGAAUCCAGGGGACUAUCUGUAAUGACUGCGUUUAUUCUACAUUCUGUGGUGUCUGCGUGUGGUGUCAGAUGUCUCGAGAAAUGAAUACCCGUGAACAAAAUGUCACUCUUGUAAAAUAAAAGCUACUGGCAAGCAACAACUUCUUCUUCUUCCUCAGUAUUUUGCAGUAGUAACAAAAGUAUAUGUCACCUGAAAGAACAGAUCUGCUCCACUGCAUUCGUUCUAUUUAAUAAAAACAUGUUGUUAGACUGGUAUGUGGUCAUUUUUGUAUGGUGGACCACAAAGUGUAAUAACCACUCAUAAGUGUAAAUUUUUCUAAAUAAGGAUUUAUACAUUUCUGAAAGCUGAAUAAUAAAUAAGCUUUCCAUUGGUGUAUGGUUUGUUAGGAUAGGACAGUAUUUGGUCGAGAUACAACUAUUUGAAAAUCUGGAAUCUGAGGGUGCAAAAAAAUCAAAAUACUGAAAAAACUGCCAAAAUGUAGUUCUUAGCAAUGCAUAUUACUAAUCAAAAAUACGUUUGAUAUAUUUAAAGUAGGAAAUUCACAAAAAUAUCUUCAUGGGACAUGAUCUUUACUUAAUAUCCUAAUAUGAUUUUUGGCAUAAAAGAAAAAUCGAUAACUUUGACCUAUACAAUUUAUUGCUACAUGUGUACCCACGCUACUUAAGACUGUUUUUUUUUUUUUUUUUGGUCCAGGGUCAAAUAUAGCAUACAGACCACAACUGUUACAACUGGAGCAGCUUCAUUUACAUUGUGAUGAACUUUUUAAAAGUUUAGGAUUUGGUCUCACUCCGGUGUGCUUCAUGUACUUUGUCACUGUUAUUCUGCAAUAAAACUUCACCAUCUUCAUCAGAAAAACCAA